AUCAGGGCCGAUGCCCUGGAUACACACAACACGAGUGUUGCCUCAGAGACGUUUUGGGGGCGACACCAUAGAAAGAAAAAAAAAAGCUUUUUGACAGACAGAAAAUUGCCUUCUGACAGACUCUCAUCGAAGUGCGCGCGUGUGAGGAAGUACCUAUGCUGUCGCCUACUUUGUGUUGUCCUUGUUGUUGUCCAAACAGGACUGAAUGUGCGGCCCAGACGGCGCGGGCCCGCCCAUUGCUCUUCGUCUUCAGCUUAAAGAGAGAAAAUGAAGGGGAUUAUUGGCGUCUGUAUUUUUGUCGCAGCGCAAACACACGCGCACGUACAACAUUCGCACACAGGGUACCAAAAUAGCCCGACACUGAACGACAACUCUUGUCUAAACAACGUAUGACGUUUGCGCGGGUUACUGCUUGGACUACUACUUGGGACUAAAAGGUCAAGUAGAACCACGGCUUGUACUUGGGACUUUUGCGUGGUGCUGAUUUGCGCACGUUGCAUACGCAGGCCGGAAUGUCGCAGGAAGAUUCGGGGGAGUCUAAAAAGUUGCAGUGAAAGUCUCGCUGUUCUCUGCCCACGUUAAAGUAAGUUGCUGCAAUUGUGGGGAAUGAGAAGAGCAGUAGUGUCGCAGCGGGGAGGGUGACCCCGUGGCGAUCGCGGGGACCAUUUUGCGGGGUGUCGAGUGAGAGCGUCGCAAGGUGUCUGAAAUCCACUAACAGGAUGGUGAAGCGGGAUUACGUCUGAGCAGCAGAUAAACAGAUUAUUCCCAAAACAGAGUCUAUUCUUUUGACCUCACGGCUGUCCCUCAAUUCCUUUGGGCGGAGCCGGCGCCACUUUCCCCCCCCCCCCGCCGGCACAACUCCUCAGGAAGCUUCCGCGGACGCCCGUCCAGCCCAGCUUAGCCCAGCCCAGCCGAGCGUCUGGCUGUCCACCUCGUGCCGACUGAUUAUUUCACUUUUUUUCCACAAUGCUGGGGGCCUUGGCUCUGCUGCUGUUUGUCGCCUGGCCGGUCCAAGGCGGGGGCGCCCCGCCGGACUUGAGCCCUAAGGAGGAGGCGGUCUCGCCGUGGCCGCCGACAAACCUGAAGCUCGCCGGAGGACGGUCCAAGAGGUCGCUUUUCCUGCACUCGGGCGUGAGGAUCUGUUCUCAAGAGAGCUUGGCCGAGGUGCUGGCCACUCAUCAGGCAUACUACCAGCUGCGAGUGUGCCAGGAGGCCGUGUGGGAGGCGUACAGGAUCUUCUUGGACAGGAUUCCCGCCACCUCCGAGUACCAGCGAUGGCUUCACACCUGUCAGCGGGAGCCGCUCGGCAUCGCCGACAUGGCCCGAAGCUUUGGCAACUCUGAGGAGCACCUGGACCUGAUCCACAGGAGGAUGCGGCGGCUCCGAAACGAGCGUCCACAAUCACGGGGUUUGCCGACUCCCGUGGCUUCCGACACGCCGGUGGCGACCACCGUCAGCGCCCUCCUCAAGGGGGCAACGUCCUCUCCGCACUCUCAGAGGACCACCACAGCGGACGGAGAAGAGGACUCGGACCUUCCUAAUGCCGUCCCCGAGAGUCCGGCGGAGCAGAGGCUGGAUUUCGCCAUCGACCUGGUGGAUCCGGGAUACCGGGAACUGCUGGAUGACCCGGACUCUCCCCAGUAUAUUGACCUGGCUCACCACCUGCAGGACCAGAUGCAGCAUGUUUUUGACAAGCUUCCGGGCUUCAAAAGCAUCCUUGUGCUGCGAAUCAGUGAGACGCAGCGAGCUGAUAGUGUUGGCGGAAUCACGGUCCUCUAUUCCCUGCUCUUUGAAACGGCUUUGCCAGGCGAGGCAUCGUCCGAUGCGGCAAACUCCAAAUUGAGGGAGGCGGUGAAAAGAGCUUUGCACGAGGAGGCGUCCCUUCCGGUCGAUCUGGAAUCCUUGAUCUUUGACCCAGAGGGCGUCUCUACGCAACCGACCCAGGAAGCUGACACGGAGGUCAGGGAACCCGACUCCCGCAACCAAGUCUUCCUGGCUGACCCGGAGGUGGAACAACUCGGUCUGGUCUUGCCCCUCCCCGCCGGGGAGAAGGACAACGCUCUGGUCACGCUCCCGGACCCCACCGAGGAGGAGGAUGAUGAUGAGGGGGGGGAGGACCUGAGGUUUGAGCCAGACGCUCGAGAGCCGUCCGGCGAAGAAGAAGAGUUGAUCAUUUCUCAUCAAACGGAGACUUUCCGGAACACUGAAACUGGAGAACUUGUCCGGCACUACACGGCGAGCCCUCUGACGACGGCUGACCUGGACCUGACCGCCGACGUGUCACUGAUCCCGUCUUCAGCCGGUGAGGGACUUUUGGAAUCGGGUCUUGUUGCCACCACUGUUCCGGAAGAAGCGCAAAACGUGGCCAAGGAGAGCUGGGAUGGCCCAUUGCCCGCCGCACCGGCGGAAAGCACCGCCGCUGUCGCUUCCGAGGAAGCGCCUCCGAAGGGUUUCACAACGCUUGAGGAGCAAAUAGCAAUUGAAGAAGAGGCGCUUACCGAGGGGCCGGCGGCGGUGGACCGUCCUCCGGCGGCUCCGUGGCAACCAGAGUCAGGAGGGAAUGAAAGGGCACACUGGCAAACAGCAGCGGGAGCUUGGCAACCCACCGCAGAGGGACUCCAUCCCCCGGAAGCCGAGAUGGGAGCUAUUUUGUACUCGGAACAAAGUGACAAUGCAACAAAAGCGCUUCGAUCAGGGGCGACGGAAGCACCGGCAGAAACAAAGGAUGGGGACGAGGAAACCAGCGCUCCUCCGUCACUUUACAUUUUAGAAGCCGUCCCGGAGCCCGGCACCAGCAAAUGGCUUCAAAUAUCGCUCCCGUCUGACGGCGAAGAAGAGCACGAAAGCCAACAUCCGACCGCUGCCAACUUGCUCUCUGAGGAGCCAUCAGACGCCAACUCUGGGGAAUGGGUCGAGACCUACGCUAGCACCUCCGCUCCUCGCGAGCCAACUGUGGACUUUGGACUCUUUGAGGUGGCAGAAGCUCACCAGCAAAGCACGGUCAUCGUCAUGGAGGAGGACACGAAGGGAUCUGCGGGGCAGACGAGCAGAGCGCUCACUACCGAGGACCUGGCGGAAGAAGGGAGCGCAUUUUUUGACAGCGCCACGGCGGUGCCCGCUGUCGCAUACCUGACCACGGCCACCGUGACGACGGCUCCUAACGGCCGCGAGCUGGUGGUCUUCUUCAGCCUGCGCGUCACCAACUUUGACUUCUCCGAGGACCUCUUCAACAAGACGUCGCCCGAGUACAGGUCCUUGGAGAACACCUUCCUGAAUGUGCUGCUGCCCUACUUGCAGGCCAACCUGACAGGCUUUCGCAACUUGGAGAUCCUCAACUUCCGCAAAGGCAGCGUGGUAGUCAACAGCAGAAUGAAGUUGGCCAAGUCGGUGCCGUACAACAUCACCGAGGCGGUCCAGUGCGUCCUGCGCGAGUUCUGCUCCACGGCUGCGGCGCACCUGCACAUCCACAUCGACAGCGGCUCAGUGGACGUCGAGCCAGCGGACCGGGCCGACCCUUGCAAGUUCCUGAGCUGCGGGGGCCAUUCUCGCUGCGUGCUGGAGCCGUGGACCGGGGCGAGGUCCCGAGAGGCCCGGUGCCAGUGCCGGCCGGGCUUCCUGUCCGUGGACGGCCUUCCGUGCCGGAGCGUCUGCGAGCUUCGGCCCGGACGAUGCGGAGACGACGCCGAGUGUCACGUGGAACCCGGACACGGGGUCGUGUGCAGGUCCAAAUCUCCCAGGAAGUUCUGAUCCCGUGACGGCAGGAGAGCUCAGACUUUGCUUUUCCUUUAGAAAGCGCUUGGUCUUGAGAUUUCAACGAGAAACUUGGCGUCUCCCGCAGGGCCUCGCAGUUGCUUUCAAUCAAGGUUUUCUUCCUUCCUUCCUUCCUUCCUUCCUUCCUUCCUUCCCCGGCGAGACGAGGCCAGGCGAGGCGAGACGAGACCGCCAGCCUGCAAAUAUUGCAAAAAGAAAAAUGACGCUCUGGCAGCCGGCCAAAGUCAUCGCUUCGGAAAACUCACCUCGGAGCAGGAAAGAGAAGAAGCUACGUUUUGUCCUUCUUCUGUCGCUUCUUUGUGCUUCUUGUUCAACUUUGACAAGAAAA